CGCGUUAAAGCAAACAAAGAAGAAUGUACUCGGCUAGUAAUUUAGUUAAAAGUUCUUAAACCAAAUCAUGUAGUUUUCGAAUCAUACAUGUGCCCAUAUCUGAGAAAAGGAUAGUGGUAGUUAAUAAUCUUUAUGGAUUUAAUUAAUGUAAUGGCCUAAUAAAAUAUCCCAAUUGAGUAAACAUAACCAUUUGCUAAAUGAUUAUGUGACAUCACCAUGACACUAUCAAUAUUAAAAUAUCAUUCAACUAAUCUAAUCUUCAUUUAAGUAACUUUCGGCAUAAUCUCUAAAUUCUUUGUGAACAAGUGUUUAUUCAAACAUGGAACCAUUUACGAAUUACAAAUUGGCUAAAGAAAAACAGGACAAUCUCUACAUUCCUCCUCCAUACUGCAAAGAAGAUGUUGAAAAGACCGAACCACCUCAUGAGGACAACACACCAAUGCCCAAACUGGAAGUCUCGAACCCAGGCAAACUGCUUAAUCUCAUUGCAGCACUCACAAACAACUCGACAAAACUUCUUGAAUACAAACUAAACUUAUAUCUAAAGGGUGAAACAGAAGCCAGGCAAGUCUUCUUAAUUAACCUCCUGAGUGUCUCUGAAGAGGCUGUUGUACAAGUUAUAACAGACAAAAUAUUGGACAAACCAAUGCGCACACCUUUGUCCGAAGAUGCCAUAAACAAUAUUGUUGAAUACAAAAAUGAUUUAGUGCAAUGUUCCGAAAGGUUGGACCCCAAAAUAUCUGGACUUUUGGAUGACAUUUUAAUUGAUAAAAAAGGGCAGAAAGUCGUUUUGGUUCCUGUUUUGUCAGUUGGAAGAAAAAGAUACUAUUGUCCCGGCCAAUCGGAAAUAAUGCCCGUAUAUUUGGUGGCUUUCCUGGAACCGGAAAGAGAAACCGAAUACAUAACGAAACUGGUCAACGAAACCUUCAAGUACUGCAACACGUUGCUACUAAACACGAGGGAAAUGGAGGAGGAAGCCCGCCUGAAAAAACAAUGCCAAUCCCUGCUGUCCGUCGCAAGAAAGCUGUUCUCUCACUUAGGGGACCUCAGCGACCUCCUGAAAGAAAUCAUGUCAGAAGCUAGGCGACUGACGAACGCGGAGCGCUGCUCGUUGUUCCUGCUGGACCCGGAUCACAUGCACCUGGUGGCCAAGGUGUUCGACGGCGUCAGCCCGGCCGACAAGAACACCGAGGUCAGGAUCGCGAAGGAUCAGGGCAUCGCUGGUCACGUGGCCGUCUCCGGCCAGCUGCUGAACAUCAAGAACGCCUACAAGCACCCGCUCUUCUACAAGGGCAUGGACGAGGCCACGGGGUUCAAGACGAGGAACAUCCUGUGCUUCCCGAUCAGGGACGAGGACAACAUCGUCGGCGUUGCCCAGCUGUGCAACAAGAUGGGCGGGAAUUUCGAUUAUUUCGACGAGCAAGUGGCCGACGCUUUCAGCAUUUAUUGCGGCAUUUCUAUUAUGCAUAGUUUGGUUUACAAGAGGAUACAGGACGCGCAAGCUAGAAGCAAACUUUCCAACGAGCUUAUGAUUUAUCACAUGCAUGUGAGUGAACAAAAUGUGGCAGACUUGGUCUUAUGCGACAGUCCGCACAUCCAUCCAGACUUCGGCCUGUUUUCCUUUACGCCGAGAAAGAUAAUUUUCAACGAAACUCCCUGCUACGUAUUAAAAAUGUUCGAGGACUUGGGUUUCGUCAACGAAUUUAUGAUCAAACGUGAGGUCCUCGCCAGGUUCAUACUUUACGUGAAGAAAGGCUACAGAGACGUCCCGUACCACAAUUGGAUGCACGCCUUUUCCGUCGCUCAUUUCGCCUACUUGUGCUUGAAGAACUUUCAGCUCGUGGAAAACAAGUAUUUUAGUAAUCUUGAGGCCAUGGCCUACUUCAUCGCUUGCCUUUGCCACGACAUCGACCACAGAGGCACCACGAAUUCCUUCCAGCAACAAUCUAACAGCGUGUUGGCCAGCUUGUACUCGAGCGAGGGGUCCGUAAUGGAAAGACACCACGUCUCCCAAACGCUUUGUAUUUUGAAUACAGAAGGUUGUAACUUUUUAGAGUCACUGAAUCACGAGGAUUACAGCAGGUGCUUGGACUUGAUCAACCACAUGAUUUUGGCCACGGAUUUGGCGUCCCAUUACAAAAUACACAAUAAACAACUUAUUAUGGCGACAGAAGGGUACCAUCCCAAAGACCCAGAGCACAGAUACAUACUUGCUUGUUUGCUGAUGACAUGCGCAGAUCUGUCAGAUCAAACGAAGGAUUGGAUCGAGACUAAACGGGUCGCCCAAUUAAUUUACGCGGAAUUCUUUGCGCAAGGCGAUUUGGAAAAGAAAAUGGGCAAGGAACCCGCAAACAUGAUGGACAGGGAGAAAGCUUCCAUUCCCGACCAUCAGCUGGUGUUCCUCAAAGACUGUGUUAUAUGCAUAUUCAAGCUUUUGGCGAAUAUGUUCCCAAAAUCGAAGGUAAUGAUUGAGACUAUAAAGAGGAACAUUCUUUGCUGGGAGGCGGCAAAAAUAAUUUUCGACAAAAAGGCGUUGGAAGGAAAGACGUCUUACGAAGUAUUAUCGAGCAACGAACUCGACACCGAAGUAGAAUCCUUCCUGAAAGAAACCAGCAGCCCAAAAACAGAGUUCUAUUAAUACUUAAGUAAUAAAAACUAAUAUAUCAAAUACAAAUGUAACCAAUAAAGACGUAUCAUGCAAUAAGGAUCCAAAUAUGUCAUAUCUGGGUAAAAAUGCUACAGGGUGGCGGUUAUAACUAAAUGUGUUUACGUUGACUGCUUGAAGUAGUUAGGUUGAAAGGUUUCCCUUUAAAGGUCCACUUGCAGAUAUAAAAGUAUAUAUUUUAUUAAAUGUUAUAUUAGGACCAAAUAAAGACUAAAUGAUUCUUGACACUUUCUUCCAUAAGGUAGUAAUUAACAUAAAUUCAUUUUUGAAUUAGUUGUAUUAAGACUGUAAAAUUAAAUUUCUAGUCCAAAUAAUAAUAAUCCAGAAUGUUAUACAAAUAUUUAGGUUUUAUUUAAGAUUAAUGGUUGUGAUUUUUAGAAUAUACUUAGCUUACAUAAUUAAUUAUACAAAAGUAGAUUUUCUUUAUUAUUAUGAA